AUGGAGGGGGAGGAUAGUUUUGUGGCUCUGGUUCACUGCUCUGAAAAAAUUCAAAAGAGCAAAAGGCAUGGUGUAAAAUUUACAGAUAGAGAACCGCUUAGUGUUUUUAUUCGAUCGUCGAAUACGUUGGCGGAGAUUAAGCAAAGCAUAUUACGGAAGCUCGAGGUGAGGGUAACUGAGCUGUUUGCGAAGUUGGAAGAUGGUGUGGAUAGCUCUGGGGCAUCGGCACCUAAUCCUCAGUCGACCCCAGCUGGUGGUGCAUCAACAUCGAUGCCUGUGGUAGCAGUGGCAGUUCCGAAUGCGGAGCCCGAACGUGUUGGGGCUGUUCAUGCAUAUGUUGGUCCUGUUGUUCCUGAUUUUGAAUGCGAUGCCGGACCGGAUCGAGUUGAGAAUGCACUGUUUGACGAUGAUUCGGAUGAGGAGCCUGUCGAUAUUGGUGGGGACAGUCAUGAUGAUAUUCCAAGAGGUGGACGUUCAGCCCAUGGAGGUUCCGGUUCUGCAACACAGGAGUACCCUCCCCACCUCUCUUCUUUGAACUUGGAAGCCAUCGGCCAACAGCAGAAUGCUGAUGCAACAUUCGAUGGGCAAGGGAUGCAUGAUGGGACAUCUAUGACUGAAUUUCAGAUUGGCCAAUCCUUCCAGAGUAAAGAGGAAGCCGUGUUGAGUGUAAAAGAUUACAGUAUUCGGCGUGGAGUUGAGUACAAGGUUAUGGAGUCCGACAAUCUGAAAUACCAAGGGAGAUGCAAGGAGUUUGGUAACGAGUGCACGUGGUUGAUUCGGAUAGUCAUGCGAAAAAGGAAGAGCACAUGGGAAGUUAAGAGGUACAACGGUCCGCACACGUGUAUGGCCACAUCGAUAUCAAGCGACCACAAGCAGCUUGAUUAUCAUGUCAUCUGUGCGAGAAUCUAUCCAUUGGUUUGA